AUGUCCUCCUCCUCAAACCCGAGGGGGAACGCUCCUAUACCAGGCAGCUGGACGAACCGACCAAGUCUCGACGACCCUCGGCCCAGCGCUGGCGCUGCCCCUUCCACCUCCCGAAGGUCCAUAGACCAGCGCCAAUAUAACGCGGGGCUCGAUGCGUCAGAGGGAUCACGGAGAAAUAGCUUGGCGAGCAACUCGAUACACAACAGCCCGUCAAGCAUGAGCUCGAUGCGGCAUCUGACGCGAUAUGACGACCAGCCUGCUGCCCCUCCUGGGUCCUACCCACAACAACCCGUCGGCCCUUCCAUAUCGUCUGCAAGACUACCCCGAAUAACAACAUCCUCAAUGGACGAUGCUGACAACCUGAGAGGAGAGGAAAGCGGGCCAAGGAGCGCCCCGGCGGGACAUCAGGCUCGAGCAGCGAAUGGGCAGGGGUCAGCGCCGAUACGGUCCAGUUCAUCGCCUGAUCCAUGGGCUAACAAACCGCGCGACAGCUCAUCAACAAUCUCGCCGGUAGAUGCUCGUCCGAAUCUUGCUGGAGGCGUCCCAGGCGGGGGGGCGGCUCGGCAACAGGGUAGUCUACUGCCGUAUGCCCCUUCAAUAGAUCGGCGCGCCAGUCCUGCUUCUGCCGGACGCCCUCUGCCCCCUCGACAGGGCUCCGACCGCUCAACCCAUUCUCAUUCCUCUGCCGCAAAUGCCGAGACGACCACGCCAAGCGGCGAGCCGUUACUGCAGUGGCCACAGCCGCGUACGACGCGUCGAGAAGGAGGCUCAACGAGCUGUGGCCAGUGUGGGCAAGUGGUCCAUGGGCAGUUUGUGAGGGCGAUGGGAAAGGUGUACCAUUUGAACUGUUUCCGGUGCAAGGACUGUAACAAGGUCGUCGCGCAAAAGUUCUUUCCGGUCGAGGACGGCGACGGCAUGUACCCGUUGUGCGAGCGGGACUACUUUGCCCGUCUGGAUCUCAUCUGUGCAAAGUGCGAUCAGGCGCUGAGGGCGAGCUAUAUAACAGCAUGCGGCGCCAAGUACCACGUUGAGCACUUUACGUGCCACGAAUGUGACGUAUUGUUUGGCCCGAACGACUCUUAUUAUGAACAUGCUGGCAGAGUCUACUGCCAUUAUCACUACUCUACGCAAUUUGCCGUCAAAUGUGUCGGAUGCGAGACGGCUAUUCUCAAGCAGUUUGUCGAGAUGAACAGGAACGGAAGGAAUGAGUGUUGGCAUCCGGAAUGUUACAUGAUCUCCAAGUUUUGGAAUGUCCGCCUCGCGUCCAAGACGUUCAACACACCCGCAGCGUCUGCAGUGGCCUCGACGGUAUCCCUCCUUGAAAUGUCCUCCAUCACAGCACCCGGUGCCCCCGUCCUCUCGACUGACCCCGCUUCUCCCCUGCUUCAUCAAACCCCCAAGCAAUCUGAGUUUAGCCUGUCUCCCCAGGAAUUGAAGGAAAGACAAGAUGCGAUGGAGCAAAAGGUGCAGCAGAUCUGGCACGUUCUCUCGGGAUACGAAGAAAGCUCUGCGGCCUUGAUUGGCGAUAUGCUGAGGGCAGUGAAUGAGAAGAAUCUGCUCGAUAUCAUCUUGUUGGCGGAGAGGUUCAUCUUGCAUGUGGAGACACUCUUCGCGGUCAUUGAUGAUAUCGAGGCGCAGUUUGCUGUGACGAGAGCCAAGGGCAUGCCUCAUGCACGGGAGGCCAAGCAACUCUGUAGAAAGCUUGUCAAUCUCUUCUCCAACAUGUCUCAGCUUUCGCCAUCUUCAUCAGCACCAUCACCUUCCAGCGAAGAGCUGUUUCAGCUCAUCACACAGCUCGCCCAUUACCUCAAGAUACUGAUCAGAAUAGCCUUGACGGGUUCUAUCAAAUUGGAGAGGGACUUUGGGAACAAGAAGGCGAUGGCCAAUUGUUUAGCGAGGCUGAACUUGCUGGCCAUGGACGGGGGUGAUCCUAGCGUGAAAAAGCGGGGCGAUUGGCCCGAGAUCAACCCCAAUGCCAUUGGACAGAUGACUCCGGCCCCGGACGAUGAAAGUGGGGACGAGGAACAGCUGAGGAGGAGCAUGGAGGCUUUGACACGACGACCGGAGGGUUUCAUUCCUAGCACGAGGGGUGUUGCUUAUGGCUAUCGCAGUCUGGCUCCCGAGUACACUGGCGAGACGACUCUACGCGGACCCCAAGGCGAAGACUUUAUCCCUCCCGAGGGUUGUGCCCGUUGUCGUGCUCCGAUAGAGGAAGACUGUGUACGGCUCGGUAUGUUUUUGCGGUGGCAUUCAUCCUGUGUCGCUUGUACGACUUGUGGCGAUACUGCUCUGCAGACUAUCACCAUUCGAGACGACACCACCGACGACGGCUCUGCACAUUCCCAUACCGACAGCAAUAACGGUAUCGUCGCUCGAGCGACUGCAUCUAUCGAGAAACGCGCACCACCCCGGGUCGAUUACUUUUGGUAUGCUCCCAAGCACUUUCCUGGUGCCACUCAAUCACCUAGUCAGAUGUGGUGUACUCCGCACAAAAAGGGCGAGGGCGAAUGCUGGCAAGGGUUUGAAGGUGUCUCGCGGCUGGAGCAGUAUGCGUUCUUACUGCACAUUGCUCUGCGGCGGUUAUACGUUCAUUUCCGCGUGCACCAUAACCUCAGCAGUGGUCAGUGGGAACAGAGUAUGAAUGGCAAGGCAAGAGCUGACCAAGCUUCCACAGUUCGCGACCAUGGCAUGUCUGACCGCGCGGAAUCCGAAGUCAAACGUAUGAAGUCUGUCACUCUCGACCGCAAACUCUCUUCGACCGCCCGUCUCCCACAGAGGUCAAUGGUUGUCGAGUCCCCCGCCGGACGUAUGGCCGACGAGAAUGGCCAGGUCGUUUCUGCUCGAGUCGAAGGUGAUUCGCCAACUCCCCCGACACCAACGCCAAAGGAGAAGGGUGCAGCGGACAAGUUUGGCAUAGAGGCCCAGCCGAUGGUGGUCACGCCCAGCAAUGUUGACGUCCUACGGCCGCCCUUUGCGCGAAACAAUACGAAUGUCAUGAUUGUCAAGGAGAACAGUGGAGAAGGGGCUUCGUCUCCUCCACAAGCGAUGUUGGGUAUGCGCAAAGUCAGUGCGCCAAAGGAUGAUGAUGCCAUCACACUGGCGGACAUCUCUAUGCUGGCAGGUGCAGGCAAAGACCGGCAGCCUGACAGUCGCCCUCUCAUGUCAAGUCUCACCAAUGUCCAAUCUGUCAUUAUCCGUCACUUUGCCCUUCUCCAGCUCCAGAAGACUGCCCUGGCUCCGCUCUUUGACCUGGAUGAGAUGCUUGAUCUACUGGAUGGCCGCAAAGGGCAAUGGUGGAACAAGAUCUUCAAGGGGAAUGCGAAAAAGGACACCAAGAAGAAGGGGCUGUUCGGAGUGCCAAUCGAGGUGCUCGUGGAGAGAACGGGGUCGGAUAGUAGUCUUGGCGCACCAAACUCUCAGGUGAGGGUGCCAGAAUUCAUCGAGGACAUAAUUUCAACCAUGCGGCAGAUGGAUAUGGCUGUUGAGGGUGUAUUCCGAAAGAAUGGCAACAUUCGUAAACUCCAAGCCUUGUCGGAAGCUUUGGACAAGGACUCUACUGCCGUCAACCUGUCGGAAGAGAACGUGAUCCAGCUUGCUGCAUUGCUAAAGAGGUUCUUGCGAGAGAUGCCAGAGCCCCUCUUGACAUUCCGGUUGCACAAGUUAUUCUGUGCUGCUGCUUCUCUACCAAAGUCCGACGAACGGACCCGAUGCUUCCACCUUCUCGUGACUCUUUUGCCACGCUAUAAUCGAGACACCGUGGAGGUCCUGUUCACUUUCCUCAAAUGGGUUUCCUCGUUCUCCUACAGGGACGAAGAAACUGGUUCACGUAUGGACCUUGGCAACCUGGCAACUGUCAUCUGCCCUUCCAUUCUGUAUGCCAAGGGCUCGAACGUGGUCAAAGAUGAUUCCUUUACUGCUAUCGGAGCUGUGCAGGAGAUGUUGGAGAACCAAGACGAGUUCUACCGCGUGCCGGGAGAAUUGCUGUUCGUGAUUCAAGAGGGCAUCUGGAAGAUCUUUGCAAAAGAUCUGGACCUCCCACCCAAGGAGAUCCACAGACACUGCAGCAAGUACACUCAGGCCCGAAGCGCCGCCCAGCCCCAAUCUCAACGGCUAGGCAUUCCUAUGUCCACAUCUUCGAGUCAAAUGUCCAACCAAGCAACGAAUUCUCGAUCUGUCGAGACUUCGCGGAUGAGCUUGGUACUGAAUGCUUCUGGCUCUGACCCUACUGUCGACAACGUGUUUCGACCACCACCCGUCCCUCUGAGUGGCUCUCGGCCCACAAGCUGGAUUCAGCAUCAGCAAUCAUACUCCCAGCAGUCUCUCCAGUCUCUGCCUGGGCAACAGUUCCCCUCUCCCUCUCCAACCCAUGCUGGCCCUGGCCCCUUGUGGGGUCGCCCACCUGCGGCGCCUUUCCAAGGGCCUGCCGGUAGCAGCGGUUCACGUGGGUCAUCUCGCGGGUCUGCUCCUAGCAGUCCGGCACCUGGCGAUGGGGAGAGGCGGAGCUUCCAAAUGGAUCGCGAGAGGAGUUGGACACCGACGCAGAGCGAGGGUCACGAAUCGCAUUUCCCGCCGCAGGCGUAUAGCGGAUCAGGGCUGGGCCUCGUGCCCGGCCAGGCAGCGCCGCCGGCAGUUGUCUCACGACACCCUUACGCGCAAGGAGGAGCUGGUCAUCCUCACUACAGAUAG